AUGGCGGACUCCAGACAAACGGUCCUGAUAACGGGGUGCUCUGAGGAUUCCGUCGGUGAAGAGUUGGCCAAGGAAUUCCAUCGACGAGGCUUCCAUGUCAUCGCCACUGCGCGCUCUCUGUCGCGACUCACCAGGCUGACCUCGCUGGGGGUCGACACGCGCGAGCUGGACCUGCUGUCGACAGAGUCGAUCCGCACCCUCUGUUCCGGCGUCACGAAGCUCGACAUCCUCUUCAACAACGCCGGCGGCAACAUCGUCAUGCCGUUCGCGGACACCACGCCCGAAGAGUUCCGCCGCAUGUUCGAGCUCAACGUCUUCCCCCAGUUCGAACUGACCCAGAUCCUCCUGCCGCACCUCAUCCACUCCCAGGGCAUCAUCGUGAACCACACGUCGCAAUCGGCGCACGCCUUGAAGUCGCCCGCGACGGCGUACGCCAGCGCAAAGGCAGCCCUCGCCACGCUCACGGACUGCAUGCGCGUGGAGCUCGAGCCGUUCGACGUCCGCGUCGUGGAGCUCGUCACGGGCGGCGUCAAGAGCAACGUCACCAAGUUCGAGACCACGUACACGCUGCCCGAGGGGUCGAUCUACGGGCCCGUGAGGGAGGUGUUCGAGAGGCACAUGAAGGGAGAGGACGCCCGGACCCUGGUGAUGGACGGCGAAAAGUACGCGAAGCGCGUGGUGUCGGACUUGCUGGACGGGUGGUUCGGUACGCCCAAGUGGAUCUGGAGGGGUGCGUUCGCGACGACGAUGUACUGCGUCCUCCUCGCCAACACCGUCUGGAAGGGCUGCACCGACGGCUUGUUCAGGGCCGCCACCGGACUGGGCGGGCUGAAGCGAGAGUUGAAGAAGGCGAAACAGCACUCGUCCUGA